ACAUUUUCAUUUCACACAAAAACAAGAUCAAUGCACCAAAACCAAUGAAUAAUGAAUAAUCUAAACUACAGUACAUUUUAAAAAAAUAAGUCUUUAUUUAAACUAAACUAAACUUAACAAAACUAAACUCAGGUACUUGUCUCUCCCUCCCACAUUCAGCUUUUUCAAAUGCAGACCGUAAUAAACGCCAUUUUUGAGUACCCAUAUGCUUUGUGGAGCUUCAAAUCCCAGAAAAAGUUUGAAACUUGAAAACAGUGGCUUUUAGAUCAGAGACACAGGGGAGGGCUUAAACGGUGAGAAACCAUUUGCUUUCUUUGUGGGUUUAUUUUGGUUUGUGAUGGUAAAAGGCGUAUUCAGUUUGAAGCUUGCGUUUUUGUUUUUUUAAAGCUUAGCCAGUUGGUAGGUUUGGUGGGUUUUGAACCACUUUGAUUGAUAUGGGAAAUUUAAUUGGCUUAAAGGUAGCUUGUUUAAUUACUUGGAAUAUCUUCACCCUCUUUUAGUCACAAAUCUUAGAUGGUAAUAUUUAUUUAAUAAACUUUUUCAUGACAUAAUUAACUCCAAUACCCAUUUUGAUUAUUUCUUUAAUCUUAGUUGUUUGUAGCCAUUGCCAGGGUUUAAGGCAUAUGACCCGUGAUCUUGUUUCCUCUUUAGUGCUUGCUAUGAAUUUUAUAUUAUAAUUUCUUUCUUUUCUUUUUUUUUUUCUUUUUGGUCUUUAUUUGCUCCAAUUUACUGUUCGUGAAAGCAAAAGAUUCCUUUAAUCACAUAAUCAUUAGAUCCGUCUUAAUUUAGGGUUUUUGAUCUUUUUCAAAAGAAUGGAGUUUGCGCCCUCUAAACCUUCUAAACCUUCUUCAAACAUAUCAGAAAUGGUCUCUAAAUUUGCUAAAGUUUGCAAACUGAGAUCUAUUGGUGUUUUCUCUAAUGAAAACCCAAAUCAGCAACAUAACCAAUACCAUCAUAACCUAAAUGGCACUAAUGUCUUCUCAUUGGGUGAAGAUAGCAGCGAGGCUACUGAGGGAACAGAUUGUGAUGGUGAGAAAAUCCAUCCACAGCCUGUUGAAAGCAAAGAUUGUGGUGGAGACUUUGUUCUUCAGUUAUUUGAAUCAGUUUCUGCUUUGAAAUUAGCCUAUAUUCAGCUUCAGGAGGCUCAUGUUCCAUAUAACCCUGAUAAGAUUAUAGCUGCUGAUGAAGUUGUUGUUGCUCAGCUGGAAGGUCUUUGUAAGACCAAGAGGACGUAUAGAGAGAUAAAAUUCAAUAAUUCCAAGCUUGAUUCCUCUCGUUUGGAAUGUCUAAGAGUAGAGAUUGAAGUAAAUGAGAGGAGGUUAGAGAAACUAAAGGUACAAACAAGAGCUAAAGAUGAUGAGAUUGUUCGUUUGAGAGAAGAACUCAAUGAUUUGGAUUUGGGGAAUGCCAUAUUGGCAGAGAAGAUACGAAAGAAAAGUUUGGAGAGAAAAUGUGUCAAAGUUUUAAAUUUUUCCAUGUUUGAGGAUGCGUAUAGAAAAGCUUCAAAGUCUAUUCAUGAUUUUGCAAAGCCAGUAAUUAGCUUGAUGAAAGCUUCACGUUGGGAUUUAGAUUUGGCAGCAAAUUCAAUUGAAAGUGGGGUUGUCUAUUGCAAAAGGUCGCAUAAGAAGUAUGCGUUUGAAGCCUACAUUGCACGAAGAAUGUUUCAUGGAAUAAAACUUAAAUCCUAUGAUGUUAAUGAUGUUAUGAGGUUUGAUGAUCCCAUGGAUUCUGUGAUAGAAAAUCCAAAUUCAGAUUUUGCCAAUUUCUGCCAAAAAAAGUACUUAUUUGUUGUUCAUCCAGUAAUGGAGUUGUGUUUCUUCGGUAACUUGGACCAAAGGAUGUUUGUAUUGAGUGGCAAGCAUCCGAGGACACCAUUCUAUCAAAUAUUUGCGAGAAUGGCGAAAUGGGUUUGGGUUCUACAAGGGAUUGCAACCUCAAUUAAUCCCAAAGCUGAAAUAUUUGCAGUGAAUAGAGGAAGCAAAUUCUCGGAUGUUCACAUGGAAUCUGUAGAAGAUGAAGAUAAAUUCGUCCAUAGUGGACGACAGUCCGAUUCCAAAGUUGAGUUUAUGGUCAUGCCUGGGUUCAGAAUCGGUGACAGAUUGAUGAAGUCUCGGGUUUAUCUUUCAGAAAAGAAACCAUUUCCCUGUUAAUGACCGACGGAGGUUCUCCAAUGGCUGGUAACCUUUCAAAGCUAAUUAUCUAUUGUUUUGAAUGUGCCAAUUCGUAGCUUAGUUAGUCAGCUGCUAAUAUUUUUAGUUUUUGAUAUUAUAGAUAGCAUAAUGCAGUGGAAUCAAAACCCAGAAGCUCAAUGCUUGUACUUCCUACCUGUUGUUUCUAUCACAUCUAUAUUUGUAGUAAGCUGCAUAAAUUUUGUCAUGCUUCUUAAACUGUAAAUAGAUGUCUAGUUGAUAAUGCCAUUGUAUCCUUUA